AGCAAGCUUACGUCACAUACGCUACGUACUAUCUACAUACGACAGGUCGGAGUCUUUUGCAAAGCAAACAUACAGUUUUUUAAGAGUUUUAAAAAGUUAAUAGUUAGUGUUUUUAAACAAGUAAACUAGUUUUAAGUGCAGUUUCUUAAGUGAUUUACUUUUUAAGUUAUUUUAUUUCCUAUGUGACUGAAUGCUCCGUGCGAAUUAGUUUUUUACUUCGUGCGAAUUAGUUUUUUACUUCGUGCUUCAUGUGAUACAGUUUUUUAAGCAUACUAAAGUUAAAAUGAGCGAUGCUAAGAAAAGCAAUAGUGACAUUACUUCCAGUGGAGAGAAAGCCCGUAAAAGAAAAUUGUAUCCUUCGACGAGAAGAUUAUCGAAGAAAAAAGGAAGUCGCGAAAGACGACGCCGCUUAUUUUCUCUGGAAAGGAACUCGCAAAAUACUGAUGCUGACGUACUCGCCACGGAACUUCCUGAGGAAAAUCGGCUGUCACAAUCCGAUGAACAAAUACCCAUGUCUACGUCAUGGGAAGUAACUCCAACACAGCAAAAAGAGGAAAGUGCAGAGGGGACCAUAUCGGCAUCUUCGGAUGGCGAAAAAGAUAACUGGGUUUUGGAAAAAGUCGCAACACCCAAGAAAGAAGAAAUCUCUUUUUCAAGUGCGUUAAAUAUCGUGAACAUGCAGCACAUGUUUGAGGAAAUAAAAAAAAUUGGCCAUCAUGCCGAUAAGCGGGAAGAUUGCGGAAUAAAAUAUUUGCAAAUCACCGGUGUGAAACAGAUAGGCUUAAAGACUACGCUUAAUGUAACGUGCACUAUGUGCAAUUUCAGAGGCGAAAUCCGCAGUCAACCUAAGGAAGUUCAGGAAAUGGACAUAAACUACAGUGCCGUGGCUGGAACAAUGUUUACCGGAGGCAGCUUUGCGCAGAUGGAAGAAUUUUUGACGGCAAUGAACAUACCAUGCAUGUCGAAAAGGCAGUUCCUGAAAAGUCACGACGAAAUAGUAAAUGCGUUGAUCGCCGCUGCGGAGGAGGAAAUGAUAGUAGCGGCUGAGGAGGAAAAGCAAUUGGCUAUCGAGAGAGGCGAUAUCGUUCCUCAAUCCGGCAUUCCGCACAUUCCUGUCGUUACUGACGGAAGCUGGAUGAAGAGAUCCUACCGCACCGGUGCAUUUUACUCCGCGUCUGGAGUUGGUGUGAUAGUCGGCUAUCACACCAAAAAAGUUCUAUACCUCGGUGUACGUAAUAAGAGAUGCAGAAUAUGCGAAGGUGCCACCAGAAGAAAGGAACCACCACGAAAGCACGCGUGUUUCAAAAAUUGGGACAUAGGCAGAGCAUGUACCGCCAUGGAAAGCGAAGCCGUGCUUGAAGGAUUCAAAACCAGCGUUGAAACACGUGGAUUGAUUUAUUCGACGGUGAUUGCUGACGGUGAUAGCAGUGUACACAAAAAAAUUCUAGACGCAGAUCCGUACAAAUCGGAGAUUCGUGUGAAAAAAAUCGAGUGCACGAAUCAUUUGUUACGGAACUUCUGCAGGAAAAUGAGGGAAAUUGCCAAGAAGACGAAAGGACCAACGAGGAGGGCCAUAGAAAACAACAUUCUGCGCAUGCGCUCCGCGAUCGUAAGAGCCGCGCAAUAUAGAAGGAAGGAGGAUAUAUCACGCGAGGAAAAAAUGAAAAAUUUGUGCCGCGAUAUUAAUAAUGUUCCAAGCCACGUGUUCGGCGAGCAUGCAGAGUGUGACAAAAUAAGCUACUUUUGCGACGGAAAAAGUAAGCAAAAUGAAAAGAACAUGGUACCACAAUUAAAGAGUGCGGGAGUGUACGAACAAAUAAAAGAAAAACUGCAGCCACUAACGACUCACGCGGAGAGCUUGUUAUGCAACUACACAAACAAUCCUGCGGAGUGCUUUAACAGUGUCAUCGUCAAAUAUAUCGGCGGAAAAAGAAUAAAUUUCAGUCAACGGGGUUCGUACACGGCGAGAUGCGCUGCCGCCGUAAUACAGUAUAACACCAAGGCAGUCAUGUCGCGGUUAACUAAAGCUAUGAAGAAAGAACCGGGCAUAAUUUUAUUAAAAAUGGAGAAAAAAAGAAAGGAGAGAAACGAAAAAAAUAUUAAAAGACGAAAAGAAACAGGAACGUCGACAGGAAUGUCGCAAGCGCGCAAACUAAUGCGCGCCGAAGAAGAUGAGGAUUACGGGCCAAACGCUUCACAACCGGACAUAAAUGAAAAUACACGUUGAAAUUAAGACUGAUUUAAUUUUGGAAAUGCUCGUUUAACGGUUGAUUUGCGGUCAACGCCCGUACGGAGAUUUUUACUUUGAAAGGUCUACCUGCGGCGCAGACACCAUAAGAAGUCAGUGACACGGAAAAAGUUUUUCCACCUGCACGCAAUGUUCGAUUAGGGGCAGCAGACAACAAAGGAAUCAGCAAAGAUGCUGUAAGAUAAAAGGAACGUCUUCUUUUAGUUCUGAGAGACCCCCCCAAUCCCAGAGUCUCGAGGCUAUUUGUGGCUCUUGUUCCAGCAGCGCUGUCGUGAUGGUCGUCGUGUCGUGACCUUGUGUCUCUGGUUUAUUAGAGGAGAAUUUUGGACAAUGCAAAGAAGAGAGGGAGCCGGUGAUUUUUACUUAGCAAUGAACGAUAUACUCCACUCGGAUCACGUGGCACUUCUCGGUAAGCGGGUUUCUGGCGUCGCCAGGGGACCUCCCCCCAGUAGUGAAGAUAACAUUCCUGCUUUAUGCCAUAAAGAAUAUUUUUGCUUACAUAAAAUAAUUACAUACAAAUGAACAAUAAAUAAAUGUAAUUUUUAAUAGA